AUGUGGUCUACGUUAUUAGUUUUAGCGGCUACGGAUGUAGUUUCUGGACUUGCAUUUGAAAAGUCUAAUGGUCUCAAGCCCCGACUUGACAAUGGUCUUGGAAAGACCCCCGCUCUUGGCUGGAACAGCUGGAACCAAGGUGGCUGCAAUGCUGCUACCGCAGCGGUAGCCCUCGAUACAGCACAAGCUUUUAUUGAUCUUGGUCUUAAAGAUGCUGGCUACACCUAUGUCAACAUUGACGACUGCUGGUCCACCAGUUCCCGCGACGACUCCGGCAACCUUGUCCCAGAUCCUAGUAAAUUUCCUCAGGGCAUGAAGUCAUUAACAGACCAGAUCCACGCUAUGGGUCUGAAAUUCGGGCUAUACGGUGAUGCUGGUACCAAAACCUGUGCUGGGUAUCCCGGGAGUCAAGGGCACGAAGAACAAGACGCUAAAUUGCUAGCUAGCUGGGGUGUCGACUAUUGGAAGCAUGAUAAUUGCUAUACGCCUUGCAACGCAGGGGAAAUGCAAACAUGCACCGACCCUGCUGGCAACACGCAAACAUGGUAUGUUACAAUGCGUGACGCACUACAGAGCUCAGGACGGCCGAUUUUCUAUUCCCUAUGCAAUUGGGGGCGCGAUAGUGUCUGGACCUGGGGGGCGGAUGUUGGGAAUAGCUGGCGGAUGAGCGUCGACAACUGGGGCGGUUGGGAGGACGUUGUGAGAAUCGCUAGUCAGGCUGCACCAAUUGCUUCUUACUCCGCUCCUCACGGAUUCAACGACCUAGACAUGAUGAUAAUUGGGAAUGGCAAACUCACGGCCGCAGAGGAGCGAGCUCACUUCGGUAUAUGGGCUAUUUCUAAGUCGCCCAUUUUCAUAGGGACAAAUAUCAGAAAACUGUCAGAAGAGACCAUUAGCUUGUUUACAAACAAAGGCCUAUUAGCCGUCAACCAAGAUCCUCUCGGAAGGGCUGCAACUACUUUCCGCCCAGAAGGGGCCGCCUCUCCUGUUUCUGGCCAACUGUAUCCGUACUGGGCUGGACCGCUCUCUGACGGUGUUGUUGUUGGACUGGUGGCUCCUGAUGGCGACCAGACUCUUUCCGUCAACUUUUCUGAUGUGCCCGGACUUGGUGAGGGGACCUUUUCCUGGACGGAGCUCUACAGUGGAAAUACAGGAAGCGGAACCUCUGCUUCGUCUAUGGACCAGCAAGCGGAUCACGAGGUCAAGAUGUACAGGCGCAUGGCAGAAUCUCCGAAAGGUCAUCGUGGUCGUGACGCCGUCAGAACGUUACUGGACACAUUUUAUGUCGAUGGGCCUGGGGAUAAACACCAGUGUCUCGUUCACCCCCCGUUAUUUGAGAGCAUUUUGACGUUCUUACGCUGCAACCCGGUAGAGAGGCUGCCUUCGGAAGUCAUAGCCUUCGUUCUUCUGCGACUGUUUUUAGCAUUGGACUAUCUACAUACGGAGUGCCGGAUCAUACAUACCGAUAUAAAGGCCGAUAAUAUCAUGCUCGGCAUAGACGACGAUUCGGUCUUUAGCGAUUUUGAAGAGGAGGAGCUCCAAGACCCUGUUCCGAGGAAGGAGGUAGACAUAGACGGGAGAAUGAUAUACAUGUCCCGCGAUCUCAGAAUGCCAAAUAAUAUGGAUGCCCCGGUCCUAUGCGAUUUUGGUUCAGCCAUGCUCGGUGCCCAACACCACUCGGAAUUCGUCCAACCUAAUAUUUAUCGAGCACCAGAAGUGAUUCUAGAGGCUCCAUGGACGUAUAGUGUGGAUAUAUGGAAUGUGGGAUGCAUGAUUUGGGAUAUUUACGAAGGCGGUUCCUUGUUCACCGGCUAUGAUCUAGAGUUUCAGAAGUACCGAAGUCGAGCCCAUCUCGCCGAGAUGAUAAAUCUCCUUGGCCCCCCGCCAUCGAGUCUUCUUGCCCAAGGGGAGCUACGAGAUAAAUUCUUUUCAAGCGAAGGCAAGUCAACAGUCUUGUCAUCGUAUGUCUAA